CAGGACCUGUCCACGGAUGCUUCUCAGGACAACCCAACAGCACCAGUGGGGGUGCACUCCUAAGCCGCAGAGGGCCAGGGCGCAGCAUCACCCCUUCGGGAAGAGCCAUGGUGUCACCAAGGGCAAGGGGCAGCUCCCAGCGGUGGCCUGGCCAGGGAGUGGGGGGUGGUCACACAGGCCCCCUGGGUAUGCUCAGAGCUGUCCUGAUGCUCAUCAGCCUGGCACCGGGGGGCCGAGGGAUGGCCAGCGCCGACAUCAGCACCACUCCCAGCCACGCUGUGCCGCUGACAAGGGGCCCCUAUUUGAGCAUCGGAGACGGCUCUGUGAUGGAGUUUGAGUUCCCUGAGGAGAGUGACGGCAUCAUCGUGAUCUCGAGCCAGUACCCAGGCCAGGCCAACAGGACGGGGUCUGGUCCCACCCUGAGGGUCUGGUCCCUGGACACAGAGGUACUGACCAUCCAGAACCUCAUGGACCCCCGCGAGGCCCCGCCCAUGCUGAUCGAGGAGCGGAGAGACUUCUGCAUCAGGGUCUCGCCAUCCGAAGACGCCCCUGCCACCCUCAGCGCCCACCUGGCCCACUUCUCGGAGAACCCCAUCCUCUACCUGCUCCUGCCUCUGCUCUUCGUCAACAAGUGUUCGUUCGGGUGCAAAGUGGAGCUGGAGGUUCUGAAGGGGCUCGUGCAGAGCCCUCAGCCCAUGCUGCUAGGCCUCCUGGGCCAGUUUCUGGUCAUGCCCUUCUAUGCUUUCCUGAUGGCCAAGGUCUUCAUGCUGCCCAAGGCCCUGGCCCUGGGCCUCAUCAUCACCUGCUCGUCGCCUGGCGGCGGGGGGAGCUACUUCUUCAGCCUCCUUCUCGGGGGGGACGUCACCCUGGCCAUCUCUAUGACUUUCAUCUCCACGGUGGCUGCCACCGGCUUCCUGCCACUGUCUUCAGCCGUCUACAGCCGCCUGCUCAGCAUCCACGAGACCCUGCACGUGCCCGUCUCCAAGAUCCUGGGGACCCUGCUGUUCAUCGCCAUCCCCAUCGCGGCGGGUGUGCUCAUCAAGUCCCGGCUCCCCAGGCUCUCACAGCUGCUGCUGCAGGUCAUCAAGCCCUUCAGCUUUGUGCUCCUCCUGGGCGGCCUCUUCCUGGCCUACCGCAUGGGGGUCUUCAUUCUGGUGGGCGUCAGGCUGCCCAUCGUGCUGGUGGGCCUCACGGUGCCCCUGGUCGGCCUCCUGGUGGGCCACUGCCUGGCCACGUGCCUGAAGCUGCCAGUGAGCCAGCGGCGGACAGUCAGCAUCGAGGUAGGGGUGCAAAACAGCCUGCUGGCCUUGGCCAUGCUGCAGCUGUCCCUCCGCCGCCUGCAAGCAGACUAUGCCUCCCAGGCCCCCUUCAUCGUGGCGCUGAGUGGCACCUCCGAGAUGCUGGCCUUGGUCGUCGGCCACUUCGUCUACAGCAGCCUGUUCCCAGUUCCCUGA